UCGCUGACUUUGCGUGGCCUUCGGUUGGCAUUCGUUCCAAACUCCGUGCUGCUCAAGAAUGAGUUGGUAUCGUUGAUUCUCAGUGGCAAUGAGCUAGCGGAAAUCCCGGCGGGUUUGGGUCGCCUCAAAAACUUGCAAAAGCUCGACGUAUCCGAAAAUGGGCUGAUCGAGUUUCCUGAGUGUGUUAACAAACUAACUCAGCUCCGCGAGCUGAGGUUGGCCCACAACAACAUACAAGCAGUU